AUGUGCAUUGACUACCGCCAGUUGAACAAGGUCACUAUCAAGAACAAGUACCCUUUGCCGCGCAUUGAUAAUUUGUUCGACCAGUUGCAGGGUGCCAGGGUGUUUUGUAAGAUCGACUUGAGAUCAGGGUAUCAUCAGCUGAGGAUUCGGGACUCAGAUGUCCAGAAGACUGCCUUCCGUACUAGAUAUGGCCAUUAUGAAUUCCUGGUGAUGUCCUUCGGCUUGACUAAUGACCCAGCAGCGUUUAUGGACUUAAUGAACAGGGUGUUUAGGCCUUAUAUUGAUUCCUUUGUUAUUGUCUUCAUUGACGAUAUAUUGAUAUACUCGCGUAGCCUGGGGGAGCACGAGCAGCAUUUGAGAGUAGUGCUUCAGACAUUGCGAGAGCAGAAGCUAUAUGCUAAGUUCUCCAAGUGUGAGUUUGAUCCGGGGCAGGUACAUCUAGCUACCAGUCCGGCGCCGGUCCCUGAUUUGACCGAGAUUCCACGAUCUCACAAUUGCGAGCCUCGCUUUUGUGAUGAUUCACAUUUGCGAACAUGGUCUGGCCUGGGUGGACUUGCAUUUGCGAGAAAUAUGUUGGCAUUUGCGAACUUGACCGUGACCGCAAUUGCGAUCAAAGAGUCGCAUUUGCGACUCAGCAGCUCUCGAGCAGGCUUCGCAUUUGCGAAGCAAUAG